AUGAAUCAAGAUUCAAAUACGAGCCUCUCACCCGUACCGCUACCCGUACAGGCCAACUGUUCACUUCGCCUCUGACGCCUCUCCUCCAAAUCCCAUCUAAUCGACCAGUUUGCACAGGCUCUUGGAACUGCAUCUGCAACGGUUCACCGCUCAUCACCUCCCUACCCUCAUCCUUUUGACAUUCGCAGCCGUCAUUAUUCCCAAACUUUGAUCAACAACAUGUGGAUUCUUCCGUUAUUGGGCUACGCUGGUGUCAUAUUCGGCUUUUCUUUCCUGACGCUAGCUAUCGGUAAUCAUCUCCGCCACCCGCGAUUCACGAUACCGCUAUCUGUACUGACCUUCACAUCAGCUUCCGGGCUCUACUAUCUCUCGGAGCUGGUGGAGGAACAUACUGUCAUCUCGCAAAAGCUAUUAAUACGGCUUAUUCAAGUUAUAAUAGCGGCUCAUAUUCUAUUGAUUAUAUUCGAUGGAUUCCCCAUAAUGUUGACGCUCUUUUCUGCAUCCAGUCAUGGCGUGUACCUGAUGAACGUUACGAGGACAUUCCCGAUGGGUAUGUAUAGUACCGGUAAUCACGUACUCGUGAGUGGCUAUUGGAAUCUAACUACUUUUCUUGCUCGCAGUCAAACUUACGGAUGGUGUCUUCAUUCUGUCUUGCUGUAUUAACCCCUGUUUAUCCCGGGUCUGCCCUACAACUAACAGCUCAUAGGUCUUGUGGUUGGAAACCAUUUCCUUUGGUUCAAUCAUUUCUCUAACCCGGUACUACCAUCCGAUCAUCCCUUUAAUCAACACCCAAACGGUCCGAGCAGAAAUCUUUACGACUACUCAUCGUCGGUCGACCCCAGUUUCCCCAGCCGUUUCCCCACGUUCACCGAGAUUAGUGCUUUCUUUGGUAUCUGCGUGUGGCUUGUGCCCUUCUCUCUGUUUGUGUCCUUGAGUGCUGGAGAGAAUGUACUGCCUAGCACUUCUGCUACGAUGGGCAGUAGUUCAGCUAGUAAGAAGAAGGGGUCAGGGAAAGGGAUGGCGAAAAUGGUUUUCGGGGGAGCAAAGGAAUGGCUGGGGAGCACCGGGGAAGUAUUGGGUAUUAUGAGCCCUGAAGGCAGGGGACAUGCGAGGUUUGAGUGAUCAGUUGGAGGAAGGAUGUAAAACUUGGAUGUGUAAUUCGACCUGGGCCCGGAGUUACUAGGAGCGUUGCGUUUUUUUUCCCCACAGGUUGUGUGGUGAUUUAUCCACUUUGUUUGGCCGCAUAAUAUGUGAGGAGUGGAGUUGCUUAGAAAUUUGUUUAUAUAUGGCAAGGCGUACAUUUGGAUUGGGGAACGGAGAGGGGGAACACUGGGUUGAGAUUUUGGGGCCGGAGCAUAUCCGAGCUACUACUUGUGAAUCGUAAAGAGCCCGAGUCCCAGGCCGGAUGCCUGAGAUUUUUUGGGGAAUCCCCUCAUUAAAUCGGCUGCUGGCUUCGCCGGUCCCUGUCACCACCGAUAUUAUCGGUCGGAUUUUCUGUAAGAGGAU